AUUCUGUUUGUUAGAAGCAAGAGGCAGACAGUGCCCAAGCUCAGGAGAAUGGACCAGGAUCUACAAUGUAGCCUGGUAUGUUCCGGCCUCCUGGGUAAGCUAGCGCUGUGUGAGGUGUGGCAGAGUCCAGGAUAUCUUCAGCCCCGGGCUGGUCCUGCCCACAGUGCCUCUCCUCCCCCUGGGAAGUCCAGUGUCCCUACGACCUUGGAAGGAACUGCGUGAGACUGUGCGCUCAGCUGGCAUCCACAGCCCUGCGCGUGUGGAGAAGAUGCAGGUGUGCCUGGUGCUCCUGCUCGUCAGCUGCUUGCUGACUCCGAUCGGCGCGUCCAUCUUGGGGCGCUGCGUGGUGGCUAAGAGGCUCCGCGAAGGAGGCUUGGAUUAUUUUGAGGGCUACAGCCUUGAAAACUGGGUGUGCCUGGCUUAUUUUGAGAGCAAGUUCAACCCCUCGGCUGUGUAUGAGAACUCGGAAGAAGGCUACACCGGCUUUGGCCUCUUUCAGAUCCGCGACAGUGAAUGGUGCGACCAUGGCAGGAAUCUGUGCAACUUGUCCUGCUCCGGUGGGUCCCUCCUUCCCGGGGCACUGGAGGCGGCAGAGCCUACACAUUUGGAGAAGGCUGGAGGAGGGAACUGGCCCGGGCUGUGUUUUAUGCUUGUCCCUGGGAGCUCUGUUAAAUCCAAACUUAAAGGACACCAUCGAGUGUGCCAAGAAAAUCGUAAAAGGAAAACAGGGGAUGGGGGCAUGGCCCAUCUGGUCCAGGAACUGCCAGCUGUCUGACACCCUGGACAGGUGGCUGGAUGGCUGUGAC